UAGAAAACACUGCUGCUGAGCGUAAAAGGGGAGUUUCGGAGCUUGGCAACAUCUCUCUUGACGGUGCCAGGUGUGUUCAAACCUGUAGCAGACAAACGCUCGCAGAUGUCUUUCAGCUCAGUCAUCAUGGGCUGGAUCUCAAAAGCGUAAACCGCCAACCGGUAAGCGCUGCCGCCCGUCUAUUUUCUGCCUACCCACAGGUAUGAGGGAUUUCUCAUUGACGCACUAAAUUUCAGCGUCAGACACUCCACGAUCUAUCGCCGAGUAAGUAAAAAUAUACUCUGUUUAUAUUUUUAUUACUACUUCACGUUCUGAGGCUCCUCUACGAGACGAGGGAAAGCGCGGAUAUGGUUCCAGAGUAGCAAUGGAAAGCAUAAAACCUUGAUUGUCUUCUGGUUAACCAUAUCGCUGCAGUCAACUCUCCUGUUUUACGCACAAAAAGCGCUCGGAAUUAUUGAAACCAAGGCAACUGUGCGCACACCGGAGCAUAAGCCCGUGGGAUGACAGAGCUCAGCGGCAAAUUCACGGGUGAAGAUAAGCCUCAUAAAUGUCAAGAAGAUGAAAUUCCCAGCAGGUCGCGAGAAUAACUCACGAGGGUUUAUUAGGCCGCAUCACUUCGCGCUCAUUUAACAACAACAAGCCGAGGCGACUCCUACCAGUUAGAUUGUUAGUUAUUUGAAAAGAGGACAACCAUGUCUAGAACACUGAAGAAGAAGAAACACUGGUCCACUAAAGUGGUGGAGUGCGCCGUGUCAUGGGGGAACCUGGGAGACUUUGGCUCCGUGGUGGAGGUCCUCGGAGGAGCAGAGCUUGGACAGUUCCCCUACCUGGGCCAGAUGAAACUGGACGUGCUGGUGUGUCACGUAGGGAAGCUUCCCUACUACGGAGACGUUCUGCUGGAGGUGAACGGGACGCCUGUCAGUGGACUUACAAACCGGGACACACUGGCUGUCAUUCGUCACUUUCGGGAACCGAUUCGCUUAAAGACCGUCAAACCAGGAAAAGUAUUGAACACGGACCUGCGCCACUACCUCAGUCUGCAGUUUCAGAAGGGCUCGCUGGACCACAAGCUUCAACAGAUCAUACGGGACAACCUCUACCUACGCACCAUCCCCUGCACAACGCGGCUUCCUCGAGAGGGGGAGGUGCCAGGCGUGGACUACAACUUCAUCAGUGUUGGAGACUUCAGGAUCCUGGAGGAGAGUGGACUUCUGCUGGAGAGUGGAACCUAUGAUGGUAACUACUAUGGAACCCCAAAGCCUCCAGCAGAGCCCAACCUGGUGCAGCCUGACCUGGUGGAUCAGGUGUUGUUUGAUGAGGACUUUGGUGGCGAGGUCCCCAGGAAACGCACAACCUCAGUCAGUAAGAUGGACAGGAAGGACAGCGCUGUACCUGAGGAGGAGGACGAUGAUGAGCGGCCACCACUGGUCAAUGGCUUACCUGAGCACAAAGAGGGGGCAGACUGGAGGAAAACCGUGCCCAGCUACACUCAGUCCAGCAGCACCAUGGACUUCCGCACAUGGAGCUCUCUUCCUCGUGAUGACAGCUUGGAGCCCCUGCCUUUCAACUGGGAGAUGGCUUAUACUGAGACCGGCAUGGUCUACUUCAUAGAUCACAAUACCAAGACAACCACAUGGCUGGACCCCCGCUUGGCGAAGAAGGCAAAGCCCCCUGAGAAGUGCGAGGAUGGCGAGUUACCUUAUGGCUGGGAGGAAAUUGACGAUCCACAGUAUGGGACAUACUAUGUUGACCACAUCAAUCAGAAAACCCAGUUUGAGAACCCUGUCCUGGAGGCAAAGAAGAAGCUGAGCCAGGAGACUGCAGCGAUCCAGCAAGCCGCAGCAGCACCUUCUCAAGGUAAAGGUGGUGCAUCUGGCUUCACCGCAGACCCCAGCCAGCUGAAAGGGGAGAUUUACCACACAGCGCUGAAGAAGAGCUCCCAAGGAUUUGGAUUUACCAUCAUAGGAGGUGACCGCACAGAUGAGUUUCUGCAGGUGAAAAAUGUGCUCAGCGACGGUCCUGCUGCCCAAGACAAAAAGAUGGCAUCUGGUGAUGUGAUUGUUGAGAUUAAUGGGGUAUGUGUGCUGGGGAAGACCCAUCCAGAGGUAGUGCAGAUGUUUCAGUCAAUUCCCAUUAACCAGUAUGUGGACAUGGUUCUUUGCCGUGGAUACCCGCUUCCUCCUGACGUUGAUCUAGACAGCGACGAUCCUCUUCCCCCUCCUCCUCCGCCGCCGGCCACCCAGCCCCAGCAGGCUCUGCAUGGUGGAGAGGUGGUGACAGCUGUGCCCCUUAUCAAUGGACAGCCACUGCUUGUCAAAGGUGACGUCCUCCAUGGCUCCUCACAGGAGCUCCACUAUGUUACUACUGAUGCCAGUGGUCGUCCUGUUGUGGCUGCCCUGCCAAACGGGAGGCAGGGUGGAGAAGCGGCCACGGCGAUGCUCCAACCAGAGCUGGUAAGCGUGCCACUGGUCAAGGGACCUGGUGGAUUUGGUUUUGCCAUUGCUGACUGCCCUCUGGGGCAGAAGGUGAAGAUGAUCUUGGAUGCCCAGUGGUGCCGUGGCCUGCAGAAAGGAGACGUGAUUAAAGAGAUCAACAGGCAAAAUGUGCAGUCGCUUAGCCAUGCACAAGUGGUGGACAUCCUUAAAGACUUACCAGUGGGCAGCGAGGUCAAUGUACUGGUGUUGCGAGGAGGUCAAACAUCGCCUGUGAAGAGUCUGAAGCCUAGACAGGAAAUGACGGCCAGUACAGAAACUCUGGACAUUGUGGCAGACUCAGCACCUCAGGCCUUGCCUUACCACUCCAACACAAGCACCCUGCGCUCUGCCGAUUCUCCCAAACGAGAUGCUGCAGAGAUAUACUUGAAGUCCAAAGCUCUUUUGGAGAGCAGACAGCCUCACGCCAAAGAUAUAGAUGUUUUUCUGAAGCGGGACAUUGAAACGGGCUUUGGCUUCCGUGUUCUGGGAGGAGAAGGGCCACAACAGCCAAAUGUAUUUCCCCAGGUGUACAUUGGUGCCAUUGUGCCUAAUGGAGCUGCAGAGAAGGACGGGCGUCUCAGAGCAGGAGACGAACUUAUUGGCAUCGAUGGCGUGAUGGUCAAGGGUCGUUCGCACAAGCAGGUUUUGGAUCUGAUGACCAACGCUGCCCGAAAUGGUCAAGUUAUGCUGACUGUUCGUAGGAAGGUGAUCUACAGAGAUUCGACAGAUGAAGAAGCUCAGGAAAUGGCUCCGGUGCUGGUGAAUGGUUCUCCCAAACUACCUCGCCUCCCGAUGCCGAGUGCGCUGGACCACGAGUCUUUUGACAUCACACUCCACCGCAAGGAAACUGAAGGCUUUGGCUUUGUGAUCCUCACGUCCAAGAGCAAACCUCCACAUGGAGUUAUCCCACACAAAAUUGGCCGUAUCAUUGAGGGCAGUCCCACUGACCGCUGUGGCCUGCUGCACGUCGGGGAUCGUAUCUCAGCAGUCAAUGGACGCUCCAUCAUCGAGCUCUCUCACAAUGACAUCGUCCAGCUUAUCAAGGAAGCCGGCAAUGUCGUCACCCUCACUGUGGUUCCCGAGGAUGAGUACAAGGGCCCUCCAUCUGGAGCUAGUUCAGCAAAACAGAGUCCAGCUCUUCAGCACAGAGCAGUGGGACAAAGAUCAGCACUACAGGAUGAGCGUUAUAACCUGGACAUGGAGGAGAGAAAGGAAGGAGUCAACUGGUCGGACCACAAAACUCUUUCGCUUGGUGAGACAGGGACGCUGUGUGUGACAGGGCCCAACCAGGGUUGUCUGACAGUGGAGUUAGAGAGAGGGCCCAGGGGCUUUGGUUUCAGUCUGCGAGGGGGCACAGAGUAUAACAUGGGCUUGUACAUCUUGAGACUUGCAGAAGAUGGGCCUGCUCAGCAAGACGGAAGAAUCCAUGUUGGAGAUGAGAUAGUGGAGAUUAACGGGGAGCCGGCUCGUGGCAUUUCCCAUACACGGGCUAUUGAUUUGAUCCAGGCCGGAGGAAACAAAGUGGUACUGCUGCUGAGACCUGGGGCAGGUCUUGCUCAAGAUGCGAGUCGACGUGAUCAAAAAGUCAUUUCACCCACAAGCUAUUUUGGAGAAGUUUUCUCUGACACAUCACCCCUUUCCUCUCCAUAUCCCACCGGGGCUUCCACCUUUGUUUCCUCUCCUUUCUCCAGCAAACUGAAGCAUUCUCGCAGCUGGAGCACACUUUCUCCACAAGGCCGCAAAUCCCGCAGCAGCGGGGGUUUAAGCUCAGUGGAGGAAAGUGUUGAGUGGGCGGACACGGAGGGAGAAGGGCUCCUUCCCACCUCCAAUGAGCAUGUGAAGUUCUACAAGAGGACCAGGCCCACGAACGACUCCAGAGAGCUAAGCAGCCCAAAGAAAACAGAGGAAUCUAUUCCUAAAGCCAAAGAGCAACUACACAGUCCCAAAAAGACUGAGAGUCAGGCACAGGAAGCAACACUGAACAGAAAAAGGGUGCCUAUCACACAGACAAAAACGCAAUCUGCUAGUCCUGGGAAGUCUGCUCACGUUGGACAGCAAGGGAUAUCAGCCCUGCAACGCACCGAGAAUCAACAAGGCCUUCAGCAGAGAUUAAAGGAUUCAUCCAGUGGAGAAAGCUUAGGUCAUGAAAAGAAAAAUGGAAAAGGGGGGAAUUUUGAGAUUGGAAAAUACCCUCAAGGAUGGGAGAUGGAAGGGAGAAGAGAAAGGACCAGGUCUCUCCAUGAGAAAGAAAGUUAUAAAAGGUCGAUUGGGGAAUCUCACCGCCACAGGACAUUUUCUAAUACACUAAGAGAGAGCGAGAAAGGUACAGGUAAAGACUCAGGGCACAGAGACGUUGAUGCCAAGGGCAAACUUACAGAAAACAGGACUACGAGUAAAGAGACUAUUGGCAAAAGAGAAUCACCGCUGUCUUUUAAAAAUGUAUGGCGUAGGAAAGGUUCUGUGAAUUCACCAAGAGAUGUAAAAGCAAGAGAAGACACAUUUUCUAAAUCCAAAGAAGACAGCUUAAAGGACAACUUUGUGGCCUCUAUAAACAGUAUUCCAGGAGCCCUACAAACCCUGAAGGGACCUAUUAGCCCUGGCCCUUGGAAAACGCCCAGCUCAGCCAAAAUCCUCUCUGAGGCAGAAGUCCUCCGUGACCCUUUGUGAUGGAAUAUUGAAUCACUAGGACGUGAGCUGUGCCAUGGAAUAUUUUACAGUAUCCUCAGUGGAUUAUUUUUCUGAGUUCUUCCAUAAAACAGAGAAGUGCAACAUGGUGCCACAUUUAUCCAUUUUAGACUGUGGCCAGAUUUGUAUUGUGGGAGCCCUGUGACAUCACAUGUGGCAUGUAGCAGCUCCCCUCCGCCUUGUCUGCUGCUUUAGCAUCUUUGAUAUGGGACUUCAGCAUAUAGGACAUGCUCGGGGCCUUGUCAGACCAGACAUUCAGAAAUGUGAAUAUGUGCCAAUCCUGCGAGCCUCCUGUGGAACGAUGACUACAAACAGCGCUUCACCCAUUACAAUGCAAUGACCCAUAUGCAAAGAAAAGAGAAAGGCCCUCGCCUCUCUGUAGAAUAUACAGUGUGACUCAUCUAGGGUUUUAAUUUUGCUCUCAGUGUCAUUGUUGGAUAUUUCAACUGUCUUUUUCUUAUCGGUUUGCUCAACUGCAUGCAGUCGGUCCUUCUGUUUGUUUUACUGCACGUGUUCUGUACAUCGCUGAGGAUGAACCCAUUUCUUAUUUAUAAUUUUCAUUCUGAUCACCAGGCAAAUACAGCAAGUGUUACUGGGUAAUCUAGACUGUUCUAUGGCUAUAGUCAUGACACACCUUCAUCCAGACAGUAUCAUUUAAAAGACCAGAAACUUGUGGUUUGAGAUCUUGUUUACCAUGUGUAUGAUAACUAACCCGUGUGUAAUUUAUUGAGGUAAUAGAUGAAUAUAUGUAUAUGUAGCUGUACCAAGCCAUUCCGCAUUUUGAUAAAGACUUUCAGAAAUUUGUCCCAUGUUAUUUGAGCUUUCACCUUAUUUCCAAUGUACUUCAGUGGUAGGAAUUACCAAUGAAAUUUGUAGUUCAUGAAAUGUAUAGACGUAACGUGCAAACUGCUGUACCAAAUGUUUAAAAUUGCUCAAAAUGUGUCUCAUUGUGAAAUAUAAUAUAUAUGUAUAUAUAUAUAUUUGAAUGUGUCAUGUUUUGCAAAUUCUAUCUAUUAAUUCCAUUGCACCGCAUCUGCCCUUGUAGCAUAACAGAUUGACCAUGAGUUGUAAUUAAUUUGUGAUGUUGACUUGCUACCAAAACAUUGCAUUUAUUAUUGUUUUUUAUUCUAUUUUUUUUUUUUUUUGAAAGGAUCACUGUUAAAGGGGGAAAUGGCAAUUUAUGUAAUGCUGUGCAAGUUCUGAAUCAUGUCUCUGGUUGUUUUACAUUUGCUUGUUGAUGAAAAGAAAAAUGAGGGUUUAUACUGUAGGUAUUUUGUCAAUCCUGCUGUGUGAUUAUGUGCCAGGGUAGCUUGAAGGAUGACAGAGGCCAGAGAAUGAUGUGGUUCACUAAGAUACCGAACAAGCUGCUGAAAUAAGGCAGGUAUGCAGAAAACUCUCCACCUUACAUAUUAAAGGGAGCCAAUAGCACUGAGAAGACCAGUGUAGUUUUAUAAUGUGCAGUCUAUAAAGAUAAGAAAUAGUCAGAUUUCACUGUUACUUUAAAGAGGACAUAUUAUGCUGAUUUAUAGCUCCAUAUUUUUAACCUUGGACACCAUAAGAGUCGCUUUGCCUAUUUGCCUAAUAAUAAUACUCGUUAAAGUUAUAUUGGGCUGUUGUGUAGCAUUCAGGUCAUUCUCUGUCUGGAAAAAUGUGUUCUAGUUCCUUGGCCCUUACCUUUAUGCCAAAUUUUUUUCUUAUUGGCAAACAGAAACAGCAGGUGGGAGGGGCUGCUGUGUGUCUUUAGCAUUCUUUCAAAUAAAAAAACUGUCUGAAAAUAACAAACCAUUUAGAGCAGUCUGAGCUUUUGGCUCACUUGGAUUACUUGUGUGUACAAUGACCUCAUUAUUUGAGGUUCGUGCCAGACAGAAAAUGAAGAAAAGCAUAAUAGGUCCACUUUAAAGGAUUUUUGAAGUGAUACGCAAAUAUACUCAACAUACUUGCAAAUACAACUUUGAAAUAAACGCAUUCAGAUGAGCUCAGGGAAAACUGAAUUGUAGCAAAUGUGUGAUAAAGUCGUUAUCAAUGAGAGCUGAAUGGUGGUUGAAGUCUGUGAUUGUAUCAAGGAGUUUUCAGGUUACAAAUCCCUAGAGGAUGUACUUUGAGCCAAUCAGUGGUAGGCUUUUGUGCAAUAGUUUGGUUGGUUGAAUGAGUAAAUCCAACCCUGAGUGCUGAAAAAAGUUCACUCUGGUUCAGAAUCAGAUAAUAUCCUCUUUUACUGUAUGUCCCCUGCACUGUAGUACAUCUUUAUGCUUUCAUUUGAACAAUUUUGUUUCACAUCUCUGCAUCAUACUGUGGCCUUGCAUUGCUUCAUUAGAAAAAAAAGAGAAAAACACAAUCCUUGUGGUAUCUUCUACAUUCUGUAGGAACAGUAGAUGUAAAUGUUUGUACAUUGUACAGCACCUUUAUAAAUACUUGCCGAGUGCUCUUUUGGGGAGAAAAAAAAUAGAGGUAUAUUAAAUUGCUCCAUUAUUUUUUUAUGUAAAAAAAAGAGAAAAAUAUUUAAAAAUGGAUUGAAAAGGAUAGGCUAUGACCUUGAUAUGGUAUUCCGUUCAUGCACUGAAAAAUAAAGUUUUGCUGAAAACAUG